AUGGUUUUAACAAGAUCUCGCUCGGCGACCCCGGCCAAGUCUAUCGCAGCUUCGUUUGGCUCCUCAAGCAAGGCCUCCAUCGCUGCCAAGGCUGCGCCGGCCAAACGCGGCCUUCAGCGAUCAGCAACAGAAGGCCAGCUCGAUGUCCAGAGAGCCAUCUCAAGCCCAAGAAAGAGGUCACGGAUCGAAUCGACGGCUGCUUCGAGCUCAUCGAAGCCGAUUGCCAGUCCGAGCAAGUCCAAGGCCAAGGCACCUGAAGAGCCGUUCGUCAUUCCACACGAUGCAAGCGAGGAGGACUGCUUGACGCGGACCACCGUUGCAUUCCCAGCGCUGCCUUUCGACUUGUCAGAUGCCCAAGCACAUCUCUGCGCCGCGGAUCGUCGCUUCGAACGACUCUUCCAGAAAGUGCCCGUCCGCUGCUACGAAGAGGCGUUGGAGCCCUCUACCCCUGAUACCAAGGACCUCAACCUCUUCAAGACGGUGACAACGUCCAUACUUGGGCAGCAGAUCUCAUGGCUGGCCGCGAGGUCCGUUCUUUACAAGUUCUGCCGGCUGUUUGCCCCGGAUUCGAUGCCGGAAAAGCCUGACUUUGUCGGCUUCCCUCGUGAGCAAUGGCCGUUCCCCACGCCAUUGAUGGUCCUGCGCACGCCGGAUGCAGACCUUCGGGCUGCCGGUCUCUCGUUCGCCAAGAUCAAGUAUGUCAAGGAUCUGGCUGCAAGAUUCGUAGACGGUCGAUUGGACAUUCGGCAGAUCCUCGACUUGGACGACGAAGAGGCGUGCGUCACGGAGCUGAGUAAGGUCAAAGGUGUCGGUAGGUGGACGAGCGAGAUGAUUCUCAUGUUUGCCAUGCGAAAACCGGAUAUUCUUCCAUGCGCAGACCUCGGCGUACAGAAGGGGAUGCUCAAUUUCUUCCUCAGCGAUGCAAAGGGGCCCAAGAUCAGCAUCAAGAAGCGGAAACCUGGAGAGGAGGAGCCGGAGGACGAUGCGCAGGACCAGAAGAGCAAGGACCGCAGACGUGCAGCCAAAGAAGAACAAGGACCAUUGGAGCCUACUGAAGAAAGAGGGGAUCAAGUUCCGCUUCUUUCCCAAACUGAAGUGAUGCCAAAGCCCGAGCCUGGCUUCAAACAAGCAAAUCCGGAGGCAUCGCUGGAUCAUCUCAUCACCGACGAACACGGACUUUGCCGACAGGUUUUGCAGUCCCGAGCCAAGGGUAACAAGGUCAAAGGCGGACAGUACCUCACUCCGGACGAGAUGAAGGCUCUCGCAGCGACCUGGUCGCCGUAUCGCUCUGUUGCCUGCAUGUUCAUGUGGGCCCUUGUCGAUACUUGA